AUAACCACAAGACUUGCGUCAAGUGCAGCCGGUGUUAGCAGUAGUAAAAACACUUUUAAACAAUAAAACAAAACAGCAAACAAAGUAAGCUUACUUUUUAAUGUUUUCAUACAUUUAAAUUUUAUAUAAUGAAAUAUUAAAAUAUUAUUUUUAAACUUGUUAUUGUUAAUUUUCAUAAAUAUGUAGUUUUAAUGUUUAUGCUUAGUUAUCGCUUAGUUUUUUAUUUUUAUUUUUUAGUUAAUUUUUUUUAAAAAGAAGAAUGGAUUUUUUUUUAAAGCAGAAUUUAAAAAAAUAAUAAUAAACCACUAAUUAAAAAAUUUAAAAAUGUAAUUUAAAAACCAAACAACAACGUUAAAUAGACCACACUGUUUCCUUGACUUCCACUCAGGCAUAGGUAAUAAUCACCACUUUAUCGAGGACGUAGAAUCCGAAUGAAAUGAUAAAUGUAUGAUCAAUGAUGAUGUUAGGAAUUCGGAAUGUAUGAUGAGGUUUGGAAUGUAUUAGGAUGAUGUUGCGAAAGUAUACACAUUUUUAGGAGUGAAUGAUAGUGUUGGAAUGUCAGCUUGGGGGGAGAAGGUUAUUAUUUUUUAUUGAUUCAAAUCUAUCAUCGCUAUUUUUCUUCAAUUUUUUAAAGCGAAACUAAAACAACGACAGAAGAUAAUUUUGGGGGGAAACGACGGUCAAAGAGAUUUUGUUGUUGUUGUUCUUUGUGUGUCUAGUCUUGAUAAAGAUUUGUUGAUUAUUUUCUGUCAUGAAUUUAUUUAUAUAUAUUUUUGGAACAGUUUUAUGUCUCAAAGUGUGAACUGUUUGAAAGAAAUCCUCAAAGACAGGGGCAAAGAACUGCCGCAAAUUCACCUGACGGGCUAUCCAACUUGAUCCAUCGCGGUGUUCGAUGAUGAGGAUUUCCCACAAAACGUACCGCUCCUGCCCGGACAAAGCCAUGCAAUUUUAUAGAGUGUGCAUCGAUCCCACGACCUCAAAAUCCGGGUCUUAUGCCACGUGGUAUACAUGCAUGUGCUAUUUCAAAGUUGGGGAGCAGAUUUCUGUUUCCAAGUUCAACAAGGCACCAGGUGGAUGCACCAAGAAAUGGGCGGAGAAUGAGAUAAGAGUGACUGAAAGGGCUUCAGCAAUCGCCAGGAAGUUCAACAAUACGAUAAACAGUAUCUCAAAAUGCCAGUCCAGGCUGGAGUUUUUGGAGUUGAGGAUGGCCAAAUUAGAUGAGACGGCGACAUUUUGCAGAAAGAGGCAAGUCGGAGAUUUCUACACUUUUCAGCCGAAGCUGGACAAUUUUAAAAGAUUUAUUGAUAGACACGGGCUUGCGGAGUUGAGACCUGGAUUAGUGAACGGGUUGGUGAGGAGGAAUUCAACCAGGAAGAGAACUAUCUCGGAAUCGUCUCAAACUUGCGUAGAGGUGGGAAGACAUAGAAGUAGUGGAAUCACUUCUCAGACGUUGCCAGAUCCUGUCCUAGACAGCGUGCAGCCUCCACCAUACUGCGACAGUCCGCCGAGCUACGAGCAGAGUGAGGUUGACAUCAGAAUGAGGCUUGCCGGUUGUCAUUUUGAGCGAGAGGGCGGAACCUGCCCGGAUUUCGAUGAAAUCUGUCAGCACGGAGAGCCAUCUGCUCCAAACUCUGCCGGAAGUCGGUCGGGGGGCUGUCUUGAACAUUGCCAGCACGAGCUUCUCCACGCGUUCGUUCAUUACCAUUUCACGCAGACGCAGGGUGAGAUCGCCAUCUGUGACCUGGGCGGAACACAAGAUGAUGGCUGUCAUUACACUCUUACAUCUCCCACCCUUCAUUCUCUUGACGGCAGGUUCGGAGCCAAGGACAAAGGAGAGGCUGGGAUCAGAGAAGUCAUACAACACCACACGUGCACACGGUGGUGUCGUCAUCUGGCCGAUAUGAGGUCAUUGUUUGAUGGCGCCAUAGCGAGGAGUUUACAGGGUAGCAUAGCAACGACCAGCCUCUAAGAUAUCGAUGCUAAAGACUUAGCUCUUAAAUUAAACGCCACACGCAAUCAAAUCAACCCCGACUUAAUGUUCAGCUAAACGCUGGGAUCAAAAUUAACCGAUAAAAGUAAACACUCAUUAGAGAAAUCAAAUCAGCAUGUUCUAAGCAACAACUCAUGGUUUUAUGUCAAAACAAUGAUUAAAACAUCUGUAGUUAAGCCGAGGGAAAUAGUAUUACUGAUUCCUUCCAAGUAUUUUUUGACUCCUAACCUAUUUAAGUUGACAAUUAUAAUUUAUAUACAAAUAAAGAGCCGAUCAAAAAGUGCAUAGGCCUGAACGCCAUCUUCUCAUCCACCCACCUACCAAUGCAGCAAUCUUCAUUGUUUUAGUUUUGAUUUCAGCCAAGCUAAAACUCUACUUAGACCCUGGUGCUCGAUGAAACAUCAGAUACAGAAGCUGGAACCAAGCAAAUAUCAUUAUAGAUGAUGGAUUUUUAUAAUAUCGUAUCUUCUUAUGGGUCAAAUACCCAAACACCAUUUUUACAUUGAUAUUUGGCACUUUGUUUCAACAUCUUCAAAACAACGUGACUGCGCUAGUGGUGACAGUGAAAGAACAAAGGACCAUUUUAUGACUCAACCCAAAUUGCUACUAUCAUAAGUCAAGUAUUCCUCUACGUUUAUCACAGCGCCCUGUGGGAGUGACAGCCCCUGUAGCCCCCCCCCCCUUUUCCCAACCCAUCUAGAGCUUCCGGUUCGUUCGCUCUAACAAUCUAAAUUAAAAGCUAUUUUUACCCCUUGUGAAACUACCGGGGUGGGGGGGGGAUCAUCUGGUUAUAUUGAUGAAUAAAUAAGGUUUGCUGUAUGUAUCGUUAUCACAAGAACUCAAUUAGCUUCUAUCAAAAGUUUAUGUUAACCCCAACAUAACUGACAUAUUGGCAUUGGCCUAUUUAUUAUACUAAUUAUAGGCUACAUGCAUUAUGCUACAUAUCGUGUAAAUUGAAUUAUUGGCGUGAAUAAACGAACACAUACAAUAAAAUAUGUACAUUUGAAUGGCAAUUCUUAAAUUUCCCUUUAAUGAGAGCAUGUAAAUUAUAUAUAUAGACUAUAUCUAUUUAAUGUUUUCUUAACCACCAAUGUCUUUCCUGUGGGUUUUCCACAAUGAAAAUGAUUUUUUUUUUAAUGGAGUAACUAAGCUCAAGUAGUUGAAUGACUAGUGAAAUUAACUAGUCAAUGGUUUCAUUUGUGGGAACAAUAUGAAUGUUAUGAAUCAUGAAGUUACCAACUAUUAAAAAGAGAAUUAAAAAA